GGAGAGAACCUGGAAAACACGAUGGCAGCCUUUCACCAUGCAGUUAAUAUAGGAACAGACAUGCUGGAGCUAGAUUGUCACCUGACGAAAGAUGAGCAAGUGGUUGUGUCGCAUGAUGAGAACCUGAAGAGAUCAACAGGAGUUGAUGUCAACAUAUCGGACCUCAAAUACUCGGAACUCCCACCGUAUCUCCGCAAGUUGGAUGUCACAUUUCAGAAAGAAUGUCACUGCGAGGGGAAAGACAACCGUAUUCCACUCCUGAAAGAGGUGUUUGAAGCAUUUCCACAAACUCCUGUCAACAUUGACAUCAAAGUGAACAACAAUGUGUUGAUCAAAAAGGUUUCAGAGCUGGUGAGUCAGUAUAAGCGAGAGCAUUUGACGGUGUGGGGGAAUGUCAGUUAUGAGGUGGUAUCAAAGUGUCUUAAGGAGAAUGCUGACAUUCCCAUCAUCUUCUGUUUGCAACGCGUCCUCCUGCUUCUUGGCCUGUUCUACACUGGUCUGCUGCCAUUCAUUCCUUUCAAGGAAGAAUUUUUGGAAAUUCCCAUGCCUUCAAUCAUCCUCAAGCUGAAAGAACCAGAGAAGAUGACAAGAAGCCAGAAAUUUAUUAUCUGGCUAGCUGACACACUGCUAAUGCGGAAAGCACUUUUUGACCACCUCACUGCUCGGGGCAUUCAGGUGUAUAUUUGGGUACUGAACGAAGAACAAGAGUACAAGAGGGCGUUUGAUCUGGGAGCAACUGGAGUGAUGACAGACUAUCCAACAAAACUUAAGGAGUUUUUACACAAUUAUCCAGUGUAAACGAAGAAAACCAAGGAAGUUCUUGCAGAAUAGAUUGUGAGCCAAGGAUUUUCUUCAUAAAAAAAACAAAAGAGCAGCAUACACAGAUGAUUUUUUGAAAGAUGUAAUUGGAUGAUCUAUUA